AUGGAUCUGGACCCAACUGUCAUGGAACAAGCAUUAAUGCCUUUGAUUGAAGAAUCAGAAUUAAAUACUCUUCGAUUUGCUUUGAAUUUUCAUCGAAUGGAUUUCUUUGAUAUAGCUUUUAUUUUGAAACAAUUAAGGUCAGAUCAAAUAUUAGAGAUCCUUCUUGGUUGUAAACCGUUAGCUCCAUAUACUCAAGAUUUGAUACAUCAAGUUUUUAAGUCCAAGAUUCUGUUCGGUUUUGUUACUCUGGAAAUCUUUCAUCCCGUUUAUAAUAGAAUAGAUCAUAUCGAAAAUGCAGCACGACUAUUAUCAAUUCCUGACAUUAAAUUCAAAGAUCUAGAAAUUUUGAUUUCUUCAGAAUAUUAUGAAGAUUUCAAUCAAUUUAUGAUAUCUUACUUUGAUACGUUAAAUUCCAAAAAGCUUUCCCUGUCAGUUAAAUCAAUUAUCUUUGAUAAUGAUCCUUACUUUGUUUUAUCAACUAAAUUUAACCUGUAUCAAAAUAUUAGAACUUUGACAAUUAGAAAUAGGAUAUAUUCCUUCGAUUUGUUCCAUAAUAUGUUACAGAAAACUUCUAAUCCAACUACUCUUGAAAUUAUAAAUGUUGGAUUAAAAGCUUUAAAUGUUGAUAAAUUGCCUCGCAAUCUUCUUCGCCUUGAUUUGUCACAGAACCCUUUGACACAUUUCACAUUUGAUAUUAAUGAAGUUGAAUCACAAAAUUUAAUUAGAACGUCUUGGCCCCCUCGUUUGAGAUAUUUAAAUUUAAAAGAUUGUCUUUUUGUUCAACAUACUCCAAUAAGAACCUUGCCAAAUAAGAACUUGAAUGUCAGUCAUAAUAAAAAUAUCAGUUUGACCAUAAAUGAUCAAAUAUUUAGCCCUUCAACCAGUUUAAAGUUCGAAAAAUUGAGAAUGAUAGAUAUAAACUCUAACAGAAUAUCUUCAAUUGACAAUCUAAUCUCCCUUCCUCCAAACUUAAUCAAGGUUGAUUUAUCCAAAAAUUGCUUGACUGCAGAUUCCUUCAACAUUACCGAAAGAAUACUUCAUCACAAAAGUUUGAAAAGAUUUGAUCUUUCGUAUAAUCUUAUAGAUUUGGAUGAUUUAACUUUCCAGGGUGUGGAAAUUGACUCUGGACUUAGUAAAUUUUUCAACAUAAGUCAAGUUGAAGAAUAUUUAGAGGACUAA